GGUUUUAUUAACAGCAUGUAUUGAUUACAUUACUGUAAUUGUUAGUGUUUUCAAAGAUUAUUUGACUGUCUGAAAAUUUGUUUUGAAACUAAAUUUUACAUUUGCAGAGAUACAAGUGGGAUGGGGGCUGAGCAAGAAGAGAAGAUGCUGCUGUUUACACUGCUCUAAAAAUUGUAUCAUGGUUCACUUUAAUAUAGUGGCAUUUCUCAAUUGAGAUCAAGACGUGACAAUUGUGAAGUCAAAGCGCACAAGAUGUGUGGUCACAAAACUUUCUUUUGGACUAAUAUCUGCGUUUUGUUGGCAAUUCUAUCAAUUGGACUCCAGUGUUGGAACCAUCCAAACUUUUCUGCUGGAUCCAGAGCGUGGAAGGCAAUGGGAUGAACCGUGCACGUUUAGCCCAAUUAAGUGGAUAUGUACGAGGGCUGUGAUUGACAAAUUGAAUUCUAUCAGAUCCACAUGACCCCAUGUCAUGUUUAGUUUUAAAAGUAUUGCCAUAAAUAGUUCAAGUAGAAAGUUUCCUUCAAUAAUAAAACAUGGUUUUAAAUCAUUUCAAAGGUUCAUUUGUUAAUGAAGUAUACAACUCUGAAAUUCUUCUUUACGUAUAUCCACGAAACCACGAAAGAUCAUCAAAACCCAAAUCCCCCACACCCACACCCAUACAAAAAAAAGGAGAAGGGUCGGGUGAAAAACUCAGAACGCAGAAAACGGUAAGACUGAAAAUAAAGCCUGCAGUCCAAGUCCAUAUUCAAACCACAGAAAACCUGGGUAACAUUCUCCGGGCACAGUGGCAAGACUUUUCCUCUCUGGCAGUGAUCAAAAGGCAGUCUCUAUCCCCUCUCCAGAGCAAUGAUCCUCCAGAGAUCUAAAGCCAUUUUUCACUUUUGUCCUGACGAAGGGUCUUGGCCCGAAACGUCGACAGUGCUUCUCCUUAUAGAUGCUGCCUGGCCUGCUGUGUUCCACCAGUAUUUUGUUUGUGUUGUUUCACUUUUGUAGAAAGAUUUAUAGUACUCAUACAUUAUAUUGGAAAAGUAGUUUUAAACAUGAAUACCUAAAUGUAAUAUUACCAAUCAGACAGUGAGCUAUUUAAAAAAAAAUUGAAAAUACACUUGGCCUAGGAUGUUAACAGUCCUGUGCUAUCACCAGUGGAUCAUCAGUUGAUCUGCCACCUGUCUUCAGGAGUUUCGGCCCGCUUAUGAUCAAGACUCCCUCGAGGUGGUGGGCCAGCAGUGCUGAAGCACCACCUCCCACUGGUGAGCUUAACAACUUGGCAUCUGCCUCUAUCAGAGUUGUUGGUCGCCUCCAUCCAACAGAUAGUCUACUCUUCAGGUGUCUAUGCAACUACUGGAGGGUUUACAAAAGAUGGAUACACUGUCCGACUAUCUGCCCCUCUGGACGUACUUGGUCCACACCCAUGAUGAUCCUGUCUCCCCUGCCUCAGCUACAGCCCUGCUGGUUGAUUUGAUCUCUCUUCUAGUGAAGCCAAGGUCACACAGCCACUUCUGGAAAGUGAACGCAAUAAAGCCACAGCAACCUAUUUCGAAUGGAUAACAUGAGACCUUCCACCCUCUGCCUCUGCAUUCUGAUCUUAAUUCUGCAUACUUGGUUAACUUGCGCACGUGGGCUUCAUCGAUGUUGUCUUCCCAGGGGACUAAAUUCAUGGGAUGGAAAUACAUUUUCUCUUAAAGCUGGAUUGGGAGAAUUUCGGAUACGAGAUCUAAAUGAUGAAAUCAAUAAGUUGCUACGAGAGAAAGGCCACUGGGAAGUCAGAAUAAAAGAGUUAGGAGGUCCUGAUUAUGGAAAAAUUGGACCAAAAAUGUUGGAUCAUGAGGGAAAAGAAGUUCCAGGCAACAGAGGAUACAAAUAUUUUGGAGCAGCUAAAGAUUUGCCAGGAGUCAGAGAAUUAUUUGAAAAAGAGCCUCCUGCCCCACCACGGAAAACUCGUGCAGAGCUCAUGAAAGACAUUGAUGCAGACUAUUAUGGCUACAGAGAUGAAGAUGAUGGUGUCCUUUUGCCUUUGGAACAGGAGCUUGAGAAAAGAGUCAUAACAGAAGCCGUUCAAAAAUGGAAGAUAGAUAAAGAGUCCCGAUUUACAAGUGAAGAGUUUAAGGAGGAGGAAGAGGAAGAAGUAAAUAUCUAUGCAGUGAAAGAUGAUGAGUCUGAUGAAGACACCGGUGAACAGAUGGAAGGAGAGGAGGACCAGCAAAAAUUCAUAGCUCAUGUUCCUGUGCCAUCACAAAAAGAGAAGCAUCAGAUCUUAGGUUGUCAUCCAAAGGACAUUUAUAAUACAAGUCACAAGUGCUUCUUAUCUGCUUUGAGCUCUUUCAACAGUGGCAAAUGGUUCUGCUUUACAGCACGUAAUUUUAAGUACUUAACCUAUUUUUGAGUUUGGAUCAUAUUUUGUCAUUGGAUAAUCUGAUAAUAUUUCAUUUUCA